AUGGCGCCCACGAGGACGAUAAAAAACAGACAUGCCGCCAAUGGGUCGGGCAUCAAGGGCAGCAAGCAGUCAAAGAACCCAAAGUCGGACGGCGGCGUCAUCAAGAAGUCCAAGAACAACAAGUCCAACCCGGCGCACGCGUCGGUAACGCGGGGUAAGGGCCGCCCCAACAUGGCCGAGCUGCUGCACAAGAAGAAGAAGCGCGUGUACACGGCCAAGGAGCUGGGCCUGCCCGAGCUCAACAUGGUGACGCCCGUCGGCGUGCAGAAGCCGCGGGGGAAGAAGAAGGGCAAGGUGUUUGUCGACGAUAGGGAGAGCAUGAACACCAUCCUGGCCAUCGUGCAGGCCGAGAAGGAGGGCCAGAUCGAGUCCAAGCUGAUCAAGGCGCGGCAGAUGGAGGAGAUCCGCGAGGCGCGCAAGGCCGAGGCCGACGCCAAGGAGGCUGAGCGGCACGCCAAGUUUGACGAGACCAAGGACUCGCUGCGCAAGAAGCGCAGGAAGCCGCGUGGCGGCAGCCGUGGCGGUGGUGACGGCGACGACGGCGGCGACGUCAAGUCAUUGGCGGCCACGGGAACCAACGCCACCAAGCUCACGAAGAAGAGAGUGUCCUUUGCUGCCGAGUAA